AUGUAUCUCGGCCCAAAGCUGUAUCGUGGCGCCGCGUCCCUGCACCCGACUGUCUCCGUUGGCCGCUGCGCCUCCGACGGCGCGCGGCCUGGCUGCGCCCCUGCCGGCUCGGACGCCAAGUUCGCGCGCGCCGCCAUCUCGCCCAACUUGUCGCCGUUCGCGCUCAAGGUGGAGACGUUCCUGCGCAUGGCCGGCUUCCAGUACGUGGUGGACACGAGCAAGCCGCUCGGCCCCAAGGGCAAGUGCCCCUGGAUCACGGUCAACGGCGUCGACGUGACCGACUCGGAGCUGAUCAUAGAGCACCUGCUGACGCUGCGGCCGCAUGCGCUGCCGGCGUACCGGGCGCUGACACCGCAGCAGCACGCGCUCGGCCGCGUCGUCCAGGUGGCGCUGGACGAGCACCUGGUCCUGGCCAUGGCUGCACACCGCUUCGUCGUCGACGGCAUGCGCCACCUGGUGCCGAUGAUGGCGCCGCGCUACCGGCGCCGCUACCGGCUGCUGCGGCCGCUGGCGGCGCUCUGGGCGACGGCCAGCUUCCGCAGCAUCGGCUGGGACCGCGACCGGGAGGAGCUGGUCGCGCUGAUGCACCGCGACCUGACCGCCCUCGCCGAUCUGCUCGGCGACAGGCCGUACCUGCUCGGCGACGAGGUGACGCCGUACGACGCGGCCGUGUUCGGUUAUGAGUCGUGA